ACUGAAGACAUAUCGAUUUCACCGUCUAUACAUGUACCCGAUAGGUCUCGUUCUGCUUCUCUUUGUUCUGCUCUAUGCAAGAAGCUCGAACAACAGUUUGUAUCUGAUAGAGAAAAAACUUCAUCAGUCUAGUAUUAAAAAUGACAUUGGUAACAUUACAAAACUCCACCCUACCAUACUGUGGUGGACAACAUAUGGCGGGAAAACAGAUGAGAAUAUUACCUGUGGCGAGAUAAAAUGUCGAGUCAGCGUGGAUAGGACUCUAAAAUCUCAUAAAAACGUAAUGGCCAUUGUUUUUUACGGAACCUCGCUGGAGUUAGCGGAUAUGCCACUUCCACGGAAUCCAGACGUCAUCUGGGCUCUGAAACACGAGGAAUCUCCCAAAAACAACGAUUUCAUGUUCUCUCACGAGGAAAUCAUGACUCUGUUUAACUACACAUCUACCUUCAAAAGGCAGUCAGAUUAUCCUCUCCCCACACAGUCUCUCCCUAAUCUUGAUUAUUUAUUGGAUAGAACAUUUGUUGUGGACACUAAAACUAAAUCUGAGAUGAGGAAGACAGAAGACUUAGCCCCUGUGCUUUACGUCCAGAGCGAUUGUGGGGCACCAUCAGACAGGGAUCAGUUUGUGAAACUCCUUCAGAAAUAUAUCUCUGUGGACUCCUAUGGAAGAUGUCUACACAAUAAAGACCUUCCAGAACACAUUAGAUUUGAGUUUGGUAAAAGCAUGGCUGGAAUGCACCACGAUGACUUCUUCAAACUAGCAGCAAAAUAUAAAUUUACUUUAGCCAUGGAAAAUGCUGUAUGUGAAGACUACAUGACAGAAAAAUUAUGGCGCCCGCUAAGACUAGGUUCUUUGCCGAUUAUAUUCGGUUCACCUAAGGUUAAGGAUUAUCUUCCAUCAAAUAAAUCUGCAAUACUAAUAACAGACUUUAAAAGUGCUGAACAACUGGCCAAUUUUUUAAAGGAGCUGGACGAAAGUGAUGAAAAAUAUAACGAAUACUUGAAAUUUAAGUUCUCCAAUACGAUUGAAAAUCAAUACUUAAUUUCUCACAUGCAGUCCAGAGAAUGGGGAGAUUUUAGUGCAAUUCAAAAGACUCCUAAAAAGUUUUACUCUCACAUGAGUGGAUUUGACUGUUUUAUAUGUCAAAAAAUUCAUGAAAUACAAAAGGCACGUGACCAAAAUGAAUCUCCUACUUUACAUAUAGCUCAUGCAGAUCAUUAUGGAUGCCCUGCGCCAAGGCGCUUUGAUGGAGAUGGAAAGUACGGAGUGUACAGUGAAUGGUUCGCAGAGCCUUGGUUGUAUUCAAAGUAUCUUGCAAAGGCAUUCAGGAAGUACUAUGACCGUUAUGAAUCCAAUUUCACACACACAGACUUAUUGGUUUUGUCAAAAAGACUUAGGAAAGAAGACAAAGUUUGAAACUAGAACCUUUAUCUC